UCGAUGAAUACAUGACACGGGAAAUAUAACAUAUGUCAUCAUUAUAAAAGAGAGUGUUGUUGAGAUAGUGGACCAAAGUUACCUGGAGUUGUAUACCGUUAUGGGUAUUGUUUUACUAAUAUUCGCCAUUGUUGUUUCCAACAUAGGGACACAUGGAGAGGAGGUACGGACGAGCUACAUUCCAGCAGUAGCCUUUACACAAGGCCAAACAGCCCAUCUUAAUCUUACUCAAGGAGAAAUCCUCAGUUAUAAUAAACUUAUCACAAAUUUCAACUCAGUCAUUGGUGCCAAUGGCGUUUUUACAGCUGAUACCGAGGGUCUGUACGCUUUUCACUUCUACUCUCUAACCAAAGCGAAUACAAAACUAUGGUUGGAGAUUAUGUUAAAUGGGAAUCUGGUUGCAUCUGCUUUCGCUCAUUCCUCUAGUACUAAUGGAUAUGCAGACGCGGGUAAUUCUGUGAUCCUAGAACUAAGCGUGUGGAGUUGA